UAGUCACACCAUUAAAGCUCAAUGUCUCUGUCUCUGUCUCUCUGUGUUUGUGCAUUACAAACAAAAGGGUUGGUUUUAAAAGUGUCUUCUCUUUCCAUAAACUACACAUCUCUCUUUGUUCCUUUCUCUUCCAUCUCUGGACUUUGCUCGUAGCUACAUUUGGUCUCUCACUCUUUUCUUCCAUGGCUGCCUUUAUUAGUGAGGAGGUUCGGUUUAUGAAGGCUUUCAUCUCGCAGAAGUCAUCUAAAUCAUUUGCGAUUCCAUUGGGAUUUAACGAAUACUUCCCAGAUCCAUUGCCAAUUACGGUGGACCUCCUAGACUAUAGUGGGAGAUGUUGGACGGUUAGAAUGAAGAAAAGAGGAGAGAAAGUGUUGCUAACGCUUGGUUGGGAGAAUUUUGUAAGAGAUAACAAUCUCGAAGAUGGCAAGUACUUGAACUUCAUCUAUGACUCCGAUAGGACCUUUUAUGUUGUCAUAUUUGGUCAUGACAUGUGUAGCGAAUUCAGAGCCUUCCCUCAAGUCGUUGUAGAUGUUGAUGACUAUGAAACCGGUGAAAAUGAUGAAGAAGAAGAAGAAGAACAAAAACAAAAGUAAACUAAAAGUUUGUGUCUACAUCCAUCCAUGAAGGGGGAAACCAAAUAUUGCUUUUAAGUUAUAGUAGUCAGUUUUUAUAUAUGGAUUUAUGUAACGGAUGUUUAGUUUUAACUUUUAAGUCUCAUGAAUACUCUUUUGUUA